AUGGGUGAUUAUCCCAAGGCACUUUCAUCAUAUGAAGAAGCUCUCAAAAUUCAACUACAAUCACUUCCUCCCAAUCAUCCAGAUGUGGCUUCAUCCUACAACAACAUCGGUGCAGCGUAUUCUGACAUGGGUGAUUAUCCCAAGGCACUUUCAUCACAUGAACAAGCUCUCAAAAUUAAACUACAAUCACUUCCUCCCAAUCACCCAGAUGUGGCUUCAUCCUACAACAACAUCGGUAAUGCGUAUCGCAACAUGGGUGAUUAUCCCAAGGCACUUUCAUCAUAUGAACAAGCUCUCAAAAUUAAACUACAAUCACUUCCUCCCAAUCACCCAGAUGUGGCUGGAUCCUACAACAACAUCGGUAAUGCGUAUCGCAACAUGGGUGAUCGCAGGACUGCUUUAUUAUUUUACACAAAUGCGGUUCAAAUCGCUCAAAAAGUGUUACCAUCGACACAUCCUCAUCUGCAAAUGUUUAAAAGAAACUUGGAAAGAGCGAAACAGAAACUAUAA